AUGGCCUCCAUCGAUACACCCUCUGACCGCGAACGCCCGCGCACCGAGCUCGAUGCCGAGCUGCUCAUAAAUCACCCAGCGCUUUACUUCGAUGACGGAGACGUCAUCUUACAGUGCGGCAAGACCCUCUUCCGCGUCCACCGCAGCAUCCUCCUCAAGCACUCCACCUUAUUUCAGGAGAUGCUCGCCCCCGCGCGUGACACCCUGCGCGAUUCAUCUCGCGCACGCACGCGCACCACGCUGCGCGCUUCGCAGCCGCACACCGAGGAUCUGAUCGUGCACCCCGCCGCAGUGAUUGCGCUCCUCCGCUCCAUCAACUACGCCGACAACGCCCUGCUCUCCGCGCUUUUCUACGACCUCAACCGCCGCACGCAGCAGCUCGGCGGUGCCUACGGGCAUCAUCUCGCCUCGCUCUCGGAGGCCGACAUCGGGCGCCUCAUGUCCUGCCACGCGCUCGUCUCGGGGUUUUGGCACUCGCCCGCGGGACAGCGGUGCCUGCUGAACAUGCAGGACCUGAUAUCGCAGCCCGUGGAGAAUUGGGAGCUCGUGAAGGGGCAGGUGCAGGGCACGCUCGCGCUGCCGGGUCUCAGUCUGACCGGCCUGUGUUCCACAUGUCGCGCGGAGAUGGUCAAAUAUGUGGGGCAACAGCAGGCGACAUUGUGGGGAUCGCUGAGCCGACACUUUGACCUCGCCGAACAUUGA